AGUACUGGCAAAACGUUCGAAAUAUGUCACUUUCAAUUUUGUUUGUACUAUAUGAUGUUUCUUUGUACUAUAUGAUGUAGAAAAAAACGAAAAAAAUUAGUAUUGUUCCAGACUAAAGUUCCUUCAGUAAAUAGAAAAGCAGUUACAGUUAUUAAAAGUGAUGCUUGUCGAACAAAGCGGCAUAACUCAGACCUGUAUGUGAUAGUGCAUUCGUGACCGCAAAUAUAGAUGUAUCGAAAAGGUCAUUAUUCUUAUCAAUUUGAGAACUAAAUGAUAAGAAAAUAAGAUCUAGGUAGGAAUAUAUUCGCCAAAACAACAAUGUGGAAGGAAUUUAUUUUAUUGUCAGUUAUUGCUGUUACUUUGACUUCGUCAUUAAAGGUUCAAUGUAAACAUGACUCGGAAUGUGGAACGGAUGAAUGCUGUUUCUAUCACGAAGGGCCGAUGAUAAUGAGUAAAAGGCAGGAUUUGGUCUCUUUUGCUGGAAUGGUUCAAGGUGGAUGGUGUGAAAAGUAUCAACCUCAAGGUGAAUACUGUAGCAGCAUUGGUAAAAUGAAUGGACAUUGUGGAUGUGCUCCUGGACUAAAGUGCAAAUGGAUUCCAGAUCCAACAUUAUCUAUCUUACUGCAACCUGUAAUCCAUGCAAGAAGUAUGCAAAUUGGUGGACAUUCAGAGUGUCAACCCUAAAAUGUUUAAA